AUGCCUCCUAUCGACAAUGACUCUCAGUUCCGCUUCCUCAUAUCUUGCAUCCGCCACUCUGCCUCUGGAAAGGUCGACUUCGAGGAGGUCCGCAAGGAGUGUGACAUUGUCACUCGAGGUGCCGCCGCCAAGCGAUAUGAGCGUCUCAUGAAGGCCCACGGCAUCGCCCCCAGCGGUGCCACGGGCACCAUCAAGAAGGAGGGCACCAAGGAGCCCAAGGAGACCAAGCCCCGCGCUGCCAACAAGAAGCGCAAGCUCGCCGCGGUCGAGGACGACGUCGGUGACAUCGACGAGCCGGUCAAGGCCGAGAAGUCCAAAGUCAAAGGUGAAGUCAAAUUCGAAGAUGCAAUAACCGUGAAAACCGAGCGACCAAAUGAUGGUGGCAUGACUCCUACCGCAACGCCUGGGGAGCAGCAGCAGCGCCUUUCUCAGUCUCAGACCGCCACGUUUACCUCGAACACGAGUCCGAAUGACGACGAUGACGAGGUCUUCCUCAUCUCUGCGACGCAACGGCAGGACCCGGGCUCCUCCGAUCCGGUCUUUGGCAGUGGUCACCAUCAUUCGCACUCGCAUUCGCACUCUCAUCCACACUCACCCAAUCCCAUCAUCCCUGGCAUACACACCUUUGACUACGCAACUAACAUGGGUUUCCCUCAACAGCUUCAGCCCCCGCCGCCGAGGACCCCAUCGUCGCCGACGACGGCGUCGGUGAUGAGUAACUCCUUCCCCUACGGUUUCACACCUACGAACUGGAUGUAUCCCCACGGCUCGCAUGGCUACCUCUAG